CUUUCGAAGAGCGGAUCACUUCGGGAGGACAGCGCGUCAACAUGGCGCAGAAUGCGAAAAUGUCGGGGCUCACAGACGAGCUAGUUCAUUCUAUCCUGAAGUUCAACCCUGAAACCAACAAAAUCGCGUACAGACACGCGCAGGAGAUUGCAUCAAGAGGCCUGAGAGGAUACCAGUAUGCACGCACAAAUCAGUUCGACGUCGAGACCAGUUUUACGGGCCUGGACGAGAAGUUCCGCGUCAAAAACCGCGAUGAUCUUGCUGAUGCGCUACGACUACGCCUUCAGAAGCUAGAAGAGACGACCGGCAAAUUCAAGCCUGAAUUUUUGUCACUGUUACUGCAGCUAUCCGAUCGACCACUAGAAAACACAAAGGUUGAAGCGCUGGAGCUGCUGAGACCUCCCAGUCCCCCGCUUCCUGAGACAUGGGCAGAGAUCAUCCAAGAAGAGCCAUACAGCGACGAGGAAAUAUGGAAGGAUAUCGACUACGCCGAAGAAUCUUCAGGUGAUGAGCAAGUGCCCAAGGAGCGAGAGAAGCCGAAGCCGAAGCCGCCGCAUAGUUUUGAGGAAGAUGACUUAUAUGAUCCGGAAUCGUGUGUCGUCACAAUCGAUGUUGCCUCUGUGCAGGAGCUGGAAGUAGCGCAGUUCUGGAAAAUGACUCCCAGCGAGAGAGGUGCCAAAGUCCAAAUCACGGAGUUACAAGCAAUACGAGAGACGCUGUACAUGCUCGCAGGUCUCCAAACAGCCUCAUAUGAAAGAGAUAAGCAACAGAACACUAUACGCGUCAGUCCCAAGUACAACCUCAACCAUGCCAUUCCUGUGACUGUUGGCCGCCUUCUGCAACAAUUCGCGGGUAUUGGCCAGGAGACCUACCGAUUACGCCAAUGGGCCAAGAAGUCUGCAUCAUUGCCCCUGAUACAGACCUUCAAGGCAAUCGUACGGAAACGGCUUAUGGACUAUGAUCAGACUCUUUCAAGAUUGCAACAACACUAUCUCACCCCUGACAACCCUAUUUCGGUAAGCUUACUCGAAUUGUGCAACAAGGUGCAGUGUACAUCUACAUCCCUCCUUCGCCUAGCGCAAAUCGUAUCAGACGUCGAGCCGCAGCUACUUGUAAACCCCUUCAGCCACUUGGAAGCCCUCUUCAACCAAACCACACUAGCUCAGAUGACACUCGAGAAAGAUGUGUUCGAGUUCCUCUCUAGAGCAUUUUUCGAAUGCCUACAAACGUAUCUCAAGCCCAUCAGGCGGUGGAUGGAGGCAGGCGAACUAGGUGCGAACGAUGAGACCUUCUUUGUUUUCGAAUCCGACUCUGGCAGUGACGCCUCCUCCCUCUGGCACGAUCGCUUUGUUCUGCGUCGCGAUGCUCGCAAUGAACUACGCUCCCCCACGUUUUUCCAGCCAGCAGCCAAGAAAAUCUUCAACACUGGGAAAAGUGUUGUGUUCCUCAAACAACUCGGUAUCUACGGCACAGGCUCCAACAUCCUAGAAGAAGAACCCCGUCUCGACCAUGAACAUGUGUGUGGACUUACAGAUGACCUCCCUCUAUCGCCUUUCCCCGAGCUCUUCCAAGCGGCGUUCGAGACAUGGAUUCGGAGCAAAUAUUCUCUCGCCUCUAUGUUCCUCCGAGAGCAUCUUUUUGAGUCGUCGGGCCUCAUGCACGUCUUGAGCAUCUUCGAAACACUAUAUCUCGGUAGAAAUGGAGCUAUCUUCGAGGACUUCGCGAAUGCCAUUUUCGAACGCAUGGACGCAGGACACCGGGGGUGGAACGAUCGAUACAUGUUGACUGAGCUUACUCGCGAAAUACUCAGCACGGUCCUUAGCCCACUGGACAAGGAGAAGAUUGUUGUGCGUUCAACAAAGAGCAAGACCCUAGGACGGUCCGUGAAAGGGCUAGCUACGGUGUCCAUCGACUACGCACUCCCAUGGCAAAUCCAAAACAUCAUUCAACGCGCCUCAAUCCCCAUAUACCAAUCUCUCUUCACCUUUCUCUUGCAAACCUACCGAGUGAAAUACCUUCUCCAACGAAUUCAUACCAGAAACGCCUCGCGGCUUACUCACAAGCUUCAACACCGCCUUAUCUGGUUCGCCGACAUGCUCCGCUCGUACCUCACCGAAACAGUCAUUUUCUUCACAACGCAAGAUAUGCAUGCUGCUAUGCAGAAAGCAGAAGACAUCGACGACAUGGCGCACAUCCAUGUCAAAUAUGUCGCGAAACUGCAAGAAAGAGCCAUGUUGUCACAAGAGUUAACCCCAAUCCACAAGGCAAUUGUGCAAGUGCUGGAUUUAGGUGUGUUAUUCGAAGAGUCGGUUACAAAGGGAGGUAGUACACCAGAUGAAGUGAAAGUACCCACCAAGAAGAGGCCAGGGGCGAGGCGGAAGAGUAGCGCCCUCUUGCUCAUUGUUCCAGACUCGAGUUCCGACGACGAGCCGUCUGGAAACGAAGCUGAGCGCGUUCCCAAAAGACCCACGCAGCAAAGUCCGGCGACAGCACUACAGACAAUCGACCGAGAGUUUGCACGUCUCGUGCCCUUUAUCACAGCCGGGCUGCGGAGUGUGGGGAGAGUGGGUGCGGAGUCUAUGUGGGAACAAUUGGCAGAGAGACUGGAGUGGGAGGGGAAGCGAGAUAGAGUAUGAAUAGAAGAAUGUCACUGCAAGCCAACGAUUUUGAUGUUGGUGUAGUUCAAAGCAGUAGCGAUGACAAUUACCCACUACGAUCAAGC